AUUAAUUGAAAAAAAAAAAAAAAAAAAAAAUUUGUCGGUGUUUUGCUGUCGCGGUAGUUGCCACCCAUACACACAACAACCAACCGGCACCCCCACUAUAUCUGAAUCCACAACAGCUAAACGGAAGUACUAGUCAGUCGGCGAGCGACCUUCCGACAUCACGGGUUAGCCUAACCCUGUACCGGCUGAUAAAAUUAACACCUAUAUCACUUCUAAUAACAACCAAAAGUAUUAAAAAUCUUUUCUUACAAUUUUCCUCAACAAAAAUUGUCAUAAAAAAAAUUAUAAAAAUUAAUACUUAAAAUUGCAGAGUCGAUUAAGUUUUGGAGUUCCUCGAUAUCAAUAUCUGCGAGUAAAAAAAGCCGGUAGGACCCGAAUAAGUGAAGGAAGAAGCAACAAGCUGACUAAUCCGCGCAAUAAGUGGAACAACCUUCGUUUGAUCAGACACUGGCGCGCCGGCACGUGUACUUGUUGAAAAAACGCAUCAAUUGUUUGUUUGUUGAUUAAAAAAUAGAUUAUUUGUUUUAAUUGAUAAUUGAUGAUUGUUGAAUUUUAAAAUAAGAAAUAAUUAUAAAUAUUUAUUGAAAAUAAGUGGAAGUUUUUGAAUUGUGAGGGCAGUAUGUUACAACUGUGCGUGCAAGUGUGCGAUAAUAUUUAAUUAAAAUAAUAAAAACUUGCGGUGAGUGUAAUAAAUAGCAAAAUUAGUGAUAAAGUUGGAUAGAGAUUGAAAAGUGAAAGAAGAAAGGGAAAAAACAAAGGAAGAAGUGUGUCGGAAAGAAGUGGCCUCGGCACCGAGCAAUUUGGCUCGGAGCGCAUCGGGCCCCGGGGCUGCGGUGGUGGGUUGCCUGGUUGGGGUCUACCCGUGCUCAUCCUCCACGAGACCCAGGGGCCCUGGAGCCAUCUCCCACCUCCUCCAGAGCGGGCAGCCCACUCAGGCCCCCGGUUGCCGCUCCUGCUGCUGCAUUCACAACAGCAACAACAACAACAACAACAACAACGCUCAAAACUCCCAACCGGUCUUGCACAACGCGCACCGGUCCGGGUUGUCACUGAGGGUCGCGAGGGUGGCGUCUAUUACCUCCGUUAGGGCUGCCCCCUACACCCAUCCUCAUCAUCAACCUUUGACUCAGGAGUGCAGGUGUAGGGAAGAGACGGGCGGAGUGACUGGGGGUAGUGCGCCCAUUCUCGGCAGCCCGAUGCUAUUCGUUCCGCUGGCGGUGCCGACGUUCCCCGCGACACUGCAGCCAGCAGCAUCCCGUCCAGCUCAUCAACCGCAUCAUCAGCCUCUGGAGCAGCGCGGUUUGUCUGUUCCAAAUUCUGUACAGCAACAACCCGCUCGUUUCAAUUCCCAGAGUCACCCCAAUUUCGGGCGCCAGAGAACCAACACCACGACCACGUCCACCGCGGAUAAUCAGGUUAACAUCGACAACUCCUCACCCCAGAGCACCCUUGAGCACCAGAAAGAACAACACCACCAAAGAGCUCACCCAGAAGACCCACAAUUAUUGCAAGUCAUUACACCCAAUAAGGACAUGAAAGUCAACUGGGCAGCAUCAGCGGGUAAUCAACCGAAGCAAGACACAAGCAAACACUAUCACAUAUUUGUCGGAGACCUGAGCCCGGAGAUUGAGACGCAGACAUUGAGAGAAGCCUUCGCUCCAUUUGGGGAAAUCUCAGACUGCAGAGUUGUCAGAGAUCCCCAGACACUAAAGUCUAAAGGAUAUGGAUUUGUAUCUUUUGUGAAGAAAGUGGAGGCGGAGAGUGCAAUUGGCGCGAUGAAUGGCCAGUGGCUUGGCAGCAGAAGCAUCCGAACAAAUUGGGCGACACGUAAACCACCACCUCCAAAAUCCGAAGCAAACGCUAAGCCAUUAACCUUUGACGAGGUGUACAAUCAGAGCAGUCCAACUAACUGCACAGUUUACUGUGGUGGUUUAACAAAUGGCCUUACAGAGGAGCUGAUGCAGAAAACCUUCUCACCAUUUGGCUCUAUUCAAGAAAUUCGGGUCUUCAAGGAUAAAGGUUACGCUUUUGUAAGAUUCUCCACGAAAGAAUCAGCAACACACGCAAUCGUUGCGGUUCACAACGCGGAUAUCAACGGGCAGACUGUUAAGUGCAGUUGGGGCAAAGAGAGCGGGGAUCCAAACAACGCUCAGCAAACCGGACAGGCGCUUUCCUCGACAACAUAUCCAUAUUAUGCAGCGGCUGCGGCUGCGGCUGCCGCUGCCGCCGCGGGUGUGGGAAGUGUCGGGAACGUUGGUGGUGUAGGAGGCACAGGUCAACUGGGGUAUUGGUAUCCACCACAAUCUUAUCCGACAACGGCGGCAACUCAGAUGCAAGCCGGUGGGUUCCUCCAGGGUAUGCAGGGCUACACUUACGGUCAAUUUGCUGGUUAUCAACAGGCUCAGUACAUGGGAAUGGGGAUGGGCGUACAUGCGGCAGGUACUGCACCUGGAUGGGGCCAAGGUUUACCUGGUGGACCUCAACUACCACCUCAUCACGCUACAACAGUGACGGCACCCCCAGGAGUUCAGGCUGCACCUCCACCUCAACCACCACCCGCACAAAUGAUGGCCUAUCCUAUGCAACAAUUCCAGUGUGUUCUUGGUUGCGGUUCAGCUAGCGGAUGAGGAUUGGCUGACACCUAGUCUUCUAGUGUGAUGGUAAAGAAGCAUCCAAGCAAUUCAUCAACAGGAGCAUCAAUCACCUACAGCAACAACUAUCCUCUUACCACUAGCAUCGUCUGCUUCAAAAGCACAACAAUAAGAACACCACGAUCAGCUAAAAUUUAUGGGAUGUAACAGUAUCAGUAUUGGUUAUCAAUUACUCAGUUAUUACCAACGACCGCUAAUUAAAAUAAAAAAUAACAAUUAUUACCAAUAUUCCAUAUGCCAUAUGACAUACCAAUAGCUAAAAUCUUAAACUGCUGUGCGUUGUUUUAUUAAAUUUAAAAAUUAUAUUAAAAGAAAAGGGAACAACACUGACCAAUUGUUUUGGAUUUAUUAAAAAAAUCACGUCGUAAUCAAAAUUAAAUUUUAAUUAUCGCCCAGUUAUCUGACCCUGUUGUCUACCACUGCUUUGUUUAAGUAAGUGAUAUUAAACUAAUUUAUAACAUGAUUUAUGCAUAAUAUAUAUAUGUGGAUAUUUAAAUGCAUAAUAACAACAACCGACACAUGAAUUUAGCAAUGAAUCGUGUACGGGUAAUCCAUCAAUACAUUAUGAAAUUCAAUAGAUAGAUGUGAUGUAUACAUAUAUAUAAAUAUAUAUUAUGUAUGUAUGGAUAUAUAUUUAUAUUUAUUGAAUCAUCCAAAACAUAUUGAGGAUGUCUGUUGUACUUAAUAAAAUAAUCGACGAAGCUGUGUGUAAAUUAUUUGAUCAUGAUUACUAGUGAAUGUGGAUUUAUAUUUACGUGAUUAUUCACGUUAAAUAUCUCCAUUAUUUUUGUAUCGGUAGUUUGUACGUCGACAAAAUAAAACCCGAUUACAGAAUCCUACUAUACAGUUUUAAACAAAUAUAAUAAUAAUAAUAUUAAUAAUUAUAAUAAUAAUCAUAAUAAUAAUAAUAAUAAUAAUAAUAAUAAUAAUAAUAAUAAUAAUAAUAAUACUUAUAAAAAAAUUAAUUUGGACAAUGGAGAAUCUAGUGUGUUAGAUAAUUAUUUAUUUGUUUUAAAAAAUUUUGAAAAAAAAAAUAAAAUUUAAAAUUUGUCAUUUGGUGAUAAUGAUAAACUCCCAACAAAGCUGUUUUGGAUAUUUUAAAAUUCCAAAACAAUAAUAGCGCACAAGUCAUCGUUGGAGAUUGUUGUAUGUAAAAUGCGCACUAGGAUAUUAAUAAUAUUAAUGAUAAUAAUAAUAAAUAAAAAUAAUAAUAAUAAAAAAAAUGUCCAACCGAUGGAUAUAUAGAUACAUCGAGAUGUCAAACCACAUAUUGUCAAAAAAAAAAAAAAAAAAAAAAAAAAAUAAAAAUAAAAAUUAUUGACAGUAUAUAACAUUGUUAAACAAACAUUUAUCUUAAUAUCACAAAUGACGUUUUAUCAUCCCGGUAUAUGUACGCGUGUUAAUAAAUUGCCUGUAGUGACGUCAUUUUUGUAUACACGGAUUAUUACUUCCCGUCGACGAGGAUUUUUAUUUCCAUACAUAUAUAUAUAAUACACAUAACAUAUAUUAUAAAUAUAACAUAUAACAAUGAAUUAUGAUUUAUUUUAGUGUUUUUUUUUUUUUUUUUUUUUUUUUACAACAGAAUUAUAGAACAACAGUUACAACAACUCAUUUAAAAAUCGGAGGUUUUAAUAAUAAAAAUAAUUAAUGAAUACUAUUAAUUAAAUAAUAAAAAUAACGUUGACAAUGUACAUCGAAUAUAAACGUACAAUUGUAAUUCUAUAAAAAAAAAAUUAAUUUGUUUUUUAUUUUUGUUAAAAUAAAAAGUCACCGCAUUGAGGGUAGUUAUGUUGAUUUUUUGGUGAUUAGUGUUGCUUCGAGGUUUUGAAUUAUACGAAUGAAUGUGAUAUGAAAAAUUGAUCGAGGAUUAGGUGUAAAUAAUGCUAUUAUUCAUUGAAUUUUAAGUUUCGAAAAUUGUUUUUAAAAUAUUUAAUUAGUUGUAUCAAAACUAAAAUAACAAAAUACGAAUCAACGAAUAUUAAUAUUAAAUUUAGAUCUCUCUAUCGUAAACGUACAUAACUAAACUAAAACCGAGAAGCCUUAAUAAGGUCAUGACAAACGUGGAACAUGAGUCGUUAAAAAUUAAAAUAAUGAUGAUAAAUAAAUGAAUGAAAAAAAAACAUCUAUUAUCCAAUUUAUCAGUAGAUAAACAUUAAAAACAAGAAGAAAGGAAAUAAAGUGGAUCAGUGAUUGAUUAGCUAAGUGCAUGCAUAUACGGGUGCAUUAUUAUAAUUAUAAUUAUUAUUAUAAACAAAGGAUUAAUUUAAAAAAAUUAAUGCAAGUAUAUAUUAAUAUAUUAAUUAACUAAUUGAUAAUAUGAUAUAAUAUGUAAGUUUUAAGUGUAAUGUAGGUAAAUAGUUUAGUGUACGGUGCUUCUGGGUCCCGAGUUAAAAACAAGGGGUUUAUUAUCCGAGUACCGCGAAACUGCGUCCGAAAAUGAUAAAAAUUUAAAGGAAAAAAAAGUAUUGAUAAUGACGUGAAUAUAUAUAAAUAUAUAUAUUUCAAAAUAAAAGUAAUGAAUUAAUUUAGUAAAGUAAUUAAUGAAAUGAUGUAAAUUAUUAGUUAGGUAAAAAUAUUAAAAAUACAUAGAAAGAAAAUUUUAUAAAAAUGCGGUGAGAUGGGAACAAGUCGAGAGAUACGGGAGAUUUCAUUGUAUACAUAUAUAUCAAAUUAGUAGAUUGGUAAUUUGAAAAAUAAAAUUACAUGUGUAUUAUUUGUCUAAUACACACGUUUAGAUAAUGGAUCACGAUUAUAAUUAUUAUUAUUAUUAUUAUAAAUUAUAAAUAUAUAAUAAUAAGUAAUAAUAAUAAGCUUAUAUGAUGAGCAAUCUCUAAAUUGUAUAAAAAUUUUAACAGUCCAAUAGUUAAUUAAAUUAAUUAAAAGCGUUGAUGUGAUGUUAACGUAUCCUGUACAUUACUUUUUAAAAGGUCAUAUUUUUUAUUAUUAUUUUUUUUUUAAUUGUUAUUAUUAAUUAUUUGAUGGAUUUUUAACGCUUACACCAACUUCCCAUCUCCAGUGUGCUUGAUAAUUAUUUUAUCUUUUUUUUUUUUCACUCUAAUUAUUUUCGCCUGGUAUUUUAUGAUAUUGUAUUGUGUUAUUGUAUUGAUACAGAGAAUGAGUUCAAUUUUUUAAAAUUGUAAUUUGAGUUUUUUCGAUCAGCUUCCUCGGCUAUAACCUCGUUUCCCGUCUCCCAUUUUUACCAAAUAUAUAUAAUGAAACAUAGGUAUUGUCGUAUCAUUGUGAUGAGGACUCAACCAAAAAAAAAAUAUAUAUAUUAAAAUAAAUGAAUGAAAAAAUAAUAAAAAAAUAUAUAUACAUAACAAAAAAAAAAGUAAUAAAAUAUUCAAUUGCUACGAUUUAGGAAUAGAGUCGAGAUAUUUAUGCAAUAAUUCAAUAUUUAUCAAAUAUAUAUAUAUGGUGCUUAAGACAAAUACUAUCCAGUGUAUGAUCAAACGCAUUCGUUAAUUUUUUUUUUUUUUGACAAUCAACUUUAGUCCGAAAAAUAAAAAAACAUCGAAAGUUUAUUUGUGGAUAAAUUAACGACAAUCGAAAUUCAGAUACUUAAAGUAUUGUUGUUACGAAUAGAACAAAAAAAAUUAUUUCAACAUAAAUACUUUGAGCAACUCGGUCUGCAUACGAGAGAGUAUUUAAUCGUCUGCCACCUAGCGGUGACUAUGCGAACCAAAUUAAAUAAAAUUUAGCAACCGAUCGUAAACUUGAAUGGUAUUUUCUUCUCCAUAAUAUCUUGACUAAAUUCCGGAAUUGCGUCAAUUUUAGUUAGCGAGUAUAUGAUAUAUAUAGAAUAUAUAUAGAUAAAAUCUAUAUUAUGCUAUAUAUAUAUAUAUGUAUAUGUACAUGUAUUAUAUGAUAAAAUGUAGUUAGCAUUGAAACUCUUAAUAGAUUAGUGACACAAGCGCAGUGGAGGAAGGAGCAACAAAAUUUGAUUUUAGAGUAAUACUAAGUAGAUAACGAAUAAAGCGAUUAGAAUGUGAAGACGAUGAUAAGGAACAAAUUAAUGCCGUUUUAAUCGGAAUGCUAGAUAGUUUAUCUGUAAGUACAUUAUUUAAUUACCGUAUAUGCUAAAAAUGAUAGCUAUGAUAAUAAAAAUUUAUAAUUAUUACUAUGAUAAUUAUUAUGUGAAAACAUUAAAAAAAAAUAAAUAAAUAAACAAUGAGAAACGAUCAAAAUAUACAAUAUUAAAUCAUAAAGGAUAGUCUUUGUGUAAAAAACUUAAAAGGAAAAAAAAAUAAUAAUAAUGACACUAGGAAAAUUUAAAAUAAGAUUCAAUUAUAUCCUAUUAACUGGUGAUAAUAAU